CAUUACAAUGGAAUGGAUAUUGUUAAUCCCAUCUGGUGAUUUGAGUGAAAAAAUCACCGGCUCACAAUACUUGAUGAUUAUCGUGCUUCAAGUUCUUCAAUUACUCACAUUAUCUGUAAUGCAAUGUACUACUGAUAGUUUUUAUAUGAACAAUACGCUACAUCUCACUGGCCAGCUGAAAAUUCUUAAAGCAAAAUUCAAAACUUUUGCAAGCAAACCGGAUACAGUGGAAAAUAAUCGGAAACAUUUAUCCAGAUUGGUCGAUAGGCAUUGCGAAUUAGCGAAAUUCAGUCGAAACAUAGAAGAUACGUUUCAUCUAAUUAUACUUUUCCAACUCGUCGUAGCAACACUUCUAAUCGCAUUGAUUGGAUUGCGAAUAAUAUUCUGUUUGAAAAAUAAUAAUUACAUCGAAGUAGCAAAAAGUGUUUUAGUGUUAAAUUUCAUGCUUAUGGAAUCGCUAGUAUACUGCUACGGUGGUGAUUUUAUACAGAAAGGAAGCGAUGAUUUAUUCCGUGCAAUGUUCAAGACUUCCUGGUUCACGCUUCCUGCCACGUUGAUGAAGGACCUACACUUUGUGAUGAUGAGAUCAGUCUAUCCGUUUCGUCUCACCGGCGGAAAAUUUUUUUACGUUAACCGCGAGACGAUGAUGUAUGUUUUCAAAACAGCGGCUUCAUAUGUCUCGGUUUUACGAGUGGCACUCAGAGAUUAA